ACUGACAGUCCGCGAUAAGGUUGCACUAUAACGCAUAUGUAAACGCACUCGAAACGUCCCGCGCGAAGAGGACCUGUUGCGCUCUCCCAGUGGUGUGCUGUGAGUGCCCCCUUAUGGAGUAACAUGUCCUCUGACAGCCAAGAUUUUGACUCGAAGAUGGACGUCAACGCUUCCAGCACGUCCGCCUCCCCCAGGACGCCCCCCAACUGCGCCCGCUGUCGCAACCACCGGCUCAAGAUCGCCCUCAAGGGCCACAAGCGGUACUGCAAGUACCGCACUUGCAAGUGUGAAAAAUGCCGCUUGACCACUGAGCGCCAGAGGGUGAUGGCCAUGCAGACGGCUCUCCGAAGGGCCCAGGCCCAGGACGAGGCCAUGCUCAGGAACGGCAGCGCCCUCGACCCCACCAUCAUGCAGGUGCCCCAGAAGAGUCCCUCGCCCAUCCACACCAUCGAGAGGAGCUUGGACUGCGACUCCUCGGCCUCCUCGCAAUGCUCCAAUCCGCCGCCCAUCAUCCGAAAGAUGACUCCGGUUCCUGCUGUGCCCUCGAGUACUUCCGUCAACAUUGGGACGAUCGCUCAAAGCACAGACCUCUUAGAAGAUUGUCAAAAAUUACUCGAACGGUUCAAGUAUCCGUGGGAAAUGAUGCCGCUUAUGUAUGCCAUUCUGAAGGAUGCGAGGGCCGACCUAGAAGAGGCUUCCAGGCGGAUCGAUGAAGGUCGUGACACUGAAAUUCUGUUAGAUUUCUGCCAAAGACUUAAGGAUAAGUUCCAGUUGUCGUGGAAAAUGAUAUCGCUAGUGGACGUUAUUCUCAAAUAUGCCAAAGAUCAAGACGAGGCGUGGAGGCAGAUUGAUGAAGCAUUCCUAGAAAUUCGAGCCUUGGCCGCCGUCGAAGCAGCAAGGUACACCUACCACCACAUCCCGUAUUCAGGAUUGUACCCAAAUGCUGCAACUGCGAUCUAUCCGCCCGUAUAUUUGCCAUCCAUGUCCAUGUAUCAUCCUGCCACUCUAUUAGGAUCGGUUCCUGUAAGCACGUCGCCGUCUCAUUCUCCGCCCAUAGUUCCUAGAGCUAUAAGGCCUAGUAGUAGAGCGUGAUAAAGACGUUGCGGGACAUCGUUAAACACAAAGGGGACUGUUUUGUGAUUGUAAAUGCAAAUUGUAUUACACUGAAUGUAGUAAGUAUGUUACUCUUCCAAAUCAAUCCGUCUCCAAAAGUGUAAUAAUCGUCCUAGCCGUUACAAUAAUUUUCUGUAAUAAUCAUAGCAAUAAAUUUCUUGAGUUCCAACAGUUGGAAUAAAAAAAUUUCACAAUGUUUCAAUAUGCUGCUUAACGAAAGACGUCCCAAAAUUGUAAUUUUCAGUCUUUCUGUGUGUUCUGUUAAAUACAAUAAUAUUUAAUGUAAAUAGAAUUUAAAGUUAUUUUUUGUACAAAGAGUGUCUGAAAAGAUGUUUUGUUUGAGUGUUUUUACAUGUUAAGGUUUGUGGCCAGAACUAAAGGCCUUGUGAUAUUAAAUGACUUAAUAUUACACUAUAGUGUUACUUAACUUCCAAGAACUUGACCGAAUUAUUAAUGUUAGUUCAUAGAAUGUUAUAAGAGUUUACAAAACUUUACUUCCUCAACGAUCAACUUUAACUAGAAUGUGGUAUAAGAUAAAAAAUCACUAAAUUUUUAUGGCUUUAUCGCAUUUAGGCACUUCUUAAAUGGUUUUGCGGUUUUGUGGUACGGCAGUGAUCCCUAUCUAAAUAGCAGGUCAUUUACGACAUGUAUUAAUCAAUACUUAUAAAAUGUAUGGUAUAAAUUUUAAGUACAUUAUAGCUUUAAGCAUUAUACCGUCUUCUAAAUGUAUAGUUCAAUAUAGUUAUGUUUACUA